UAUUAUCGCGACGACGAACGAGGACAACUACAACGAAGUCGAAGACGCUGCUAAGAAUUUUUGUGGUUUCUGUUUCUUUUUUAUUCGUUGUGAAGUGAACGUGAAUUCAGAAUUCUAUAUAUUUUUAUUAUUUUUACGCAGCAAUAUUUGAGCUUAUCUCUACUAAUAGAUUAAAGUGAUUAAGAAAAAAAAACGAUUUUAUAGAGGGUGUAAUGGCGUGAGGGAAGCGAAAACAAAGAAGUUGAAACUUCUGUGUUUUGUGCGUGAGAGCUCGCUCGGAGUUUCUCGCCAGCACAGACGGCUAGACAGCAAGACAGCAGUCAGAAAAGUUGAGCAGAAGGAAGUUUAGGUUGAAAAAAUAAUUGGCUGUAAAUUGUUUGCAAAUUGAAAGCAGCUGAAGAUAUCGUUUAACAAUUUGCAGAUCUAUGGGAGCUAUUUUCAUAGCGGCUUUUAAUCUGUGACUGUUAACUGUUAAGCAGGUGCCUAAGCAUCAGCGGCAGUGACAGGAAGAGUGACAACAAUGGUUGUUGGUUCGAAUCAUCAGCGGCGUGGUGGUGGUGAUACUGGCAGCAAUAGCAAAAGCGGAAAUUCUUCGUCCAACGCAAUCUCCUCCACCUCAAAUAAUAGUACGUCUAGUUACCAUCAUUCAGCUCAUAACACAGGUCAUCAUAAUACUAGUGGCAAAACAAAUUCGAUGUCUUCACAUAAUAAUGGCGGAAGUAAUACCCAUAGCAGUUCAAAUGGUCAUGCCCAACAUCAGAGUACAUACAAUGCAUACACAAAUGGCUAUCAUUUAGGCAGUACGAUUGGCGGCACAAAUGGAGCUGCUAGUAAUAGUGUUAGUCGACUUUCACAGUCGACGGGGAUGACACCAAAAGAACUUUCCGAAAACGAUGACCUAGCAACUUCACUGAUUUUGGACCCGCAUUUGGGUUUUCAGACGCAUAAAAUGAACAUUCGAUAUCGUCCACUCAAAGUGGAUAGUGCUCAGUUAAAAGCUGUAGUGGAUGAUUUUAUUGCAACACAAAAUUAUGAUGUGGCGGUAAAAAAGAUAUUUAAUGGCCCUUGGAUACCAAGAAGUUUUAAAAGUAAAAACAAAAUAAGCUUCAAGCGACUACACGAUCAUAUAAUUCGUUAUUUACGUGUGUUUGAUAAGGAUAGUGGUUUUGUAAUUGAGGCAUGUUAUCGUUACUCACUCGAAGGUCAGAAGGGUGCCAAAAUCAGUUCGACAAAGCGGUGGUCAAAGAAUGAUAAAAUCGAAUGCUUGGUUGGUUGCAUUGCUGAGUUGUCUGAAGCUGAAGAAGCUGCUUUAUUGCAUACAGGCAAAAAUGAUUUUUCUGUUAUGUACAGCUGUCGAAAAAACUGUGCCCAGUUAUGGCUGGGACCUGCUGCUUAUAUAAAUCACGACUGUCGGGCGAAUUGUAAAUUUGUUGCCACUGGACGCGAUACCGCAUGUGUGAAAGUGUUACGCGAUAUUGAAGUUGGUGAAGAAAUUACCUGUUUUUAUGGGGAGGACUUUUUCGGCGAUGGCAACUGUUAUUGUGAGUGUGAAACUUGUGAGCGGCGUGGAACCGGCGCAUUUGCCGGUAAGGUUAUAAACGGCCACACUGGCAGCGAUGCUGGUGCCUUAGCAAUGGGGUUAAGUGGAGCUUGUGUAAUUGGUAUAAACUCGCAUGAUCCAUCUGCAAGUGGUGGUUAUCGAUUACGUGAAACUGACAAUCGUAUAAAUCGUAUUAAAAGCCGUGCCAACUCUACAAAUUCAACACACCUUGAUACAAACACGUGUGCGGCAAACGCACCCACAACUACUGAAAGCUCUGCAGGGGCUCAGAUUGCCAAGAAGACGGAAGGUGACGCCGGCAUUGCUAUGGAAGUCCCUAAUUUAGAAACAAUGAAAAAACAACAACCUACUGUGGUAGUGACCCCGUUAACGAUGAAGGAAUUGCGACAAAAAGGUAUGACCAAAUACGAUGCCGAAAUGAUCAUGGCCAACACAUACCAACGGCAUCAUCAUCAUCAGCAGCAUCACUCUCAUCAACAUGUAUCGCAGCAAGAUAUUAAUGGCAAACAUUCUGCAACUGAUACCAUAUCAGGUAGUAAAGUAGGUGGUAGCAGUUUUAAUGUAGGGAGAGAAUCGCUACGCAAAUCGGCACGAGUAAACAGCACCAGCAGCACGAUAUCUUCUGGUUCAGCGGACGAACUUUCUGUAAGUGCCGCAACAGCUGUGUCCCGUAACGCCAGCGCCGGUGCCGUGGCCAAAGCGAAUGCAACAAGUGCAGCGGCUGAACCAAAGUCGAGCGCAGCCACUACUGUGGCACGACGGCCAAUACGAAAAAAUCCUAGCAAUGUUGUGCAUAAAACUAAUUCGUACAACAACAAGACAAGUGGCUAUCUUACACGUAGCAGUAGCAGCAGACAAACACGUGCUGCAGCAGCGGAAUGUGCAGAGGAAACGGAAGAAUGCUGCGAUCUAAGGGAUACAAAUGAUUUCAAUGAAAUGGACGAGGAAAUUGAUAAUGACAUGGAACAACAACAACGCACCGACGCAGCAAUUGAUGUUGCCAGAACAGCAACAGUUGUGGGAGACGAAAAGGUCGGACUGUCUAAAGGCACCGAACGCCAGCGACAUGACAAACCAAUACGCCUGCGCAAUGGACUGACUCGCGCCGCCGCCGCCGCAACUUUGCAUAACAACAGCGGCGGGCGUAUACUGCGCAAUCACCACCAGCAUCAGUCGACUGCACACAAUAGUGAUACAACCGCGUCAAGCAUUGGCACGGAAUUAAAAUCAACUGCCACUGAUGCCCAUACGAAUCGUAAUAUUUAUAACAGUAAAAAUAAUUCUAACAAUAGCAGUAGUUUAAGUAGUAAUUGUAGUAGUAGUAGUAGUGCUAAUGAUUCAAAUGAGUUCUUUAGCGGAAUUGCGGAUAGGUUGCCGACUAGCAGACACUAUGCUAACACAGCCACUAUGCAAGAAGUUACCAACUUUGACCCAAGCUCAGCACUUUGCCAUGCUGACGAUGAGAAUGGAGUGAAUGCCACAGGCACCACUCACAUUAGAAAUAAAAGUAUUAGUCCAAGUUAUCGAAAAAAUUUAAUAGAUUCAUUUGAAGAGGCGUCAGUGACACAAGCGCAAGAAUCUAUUGGGACGUGUCUUGCGAAAGAUUCUAUGCAAACACACGCACAACGUGCAACUCGUCGAAAUCAGCAACGCAUCGCUAUUAAAACCGAUAUCAGUACAAUACCAACAACAAAUGGCACUAUAACAACGCGUAAGCGGAGUCUAUCUCAGCUAACGGAACAACAAGUGCAUGACGUUAAUAAUCGCAACGGUAGCGAGAAUGAUGUGCAAGACAAAGCUGCGACACACGAUACAGUCGAUAGAAACUGCGCGCCUGUUGUUGCUGUUACGGCCAUGGAAACACUCUUGAAGACACCGGAGCGGCGCUUGAAGUUGACGCUGCGUAUGAAGCGUUCCCCAAUACUCGACGAAGUUAUUGAAUCGGGGACUAGCCUGAGCGACGAGAGUAGCAGUUUUAACGGUUCAUUCAGUCGUGCCUCAUCUCAUUCCGCCGAACCGGUGGAGUAUGAGAUUUUACGCAUGGAAGGUAUUUCCGAACACGGUGGUGACUUUGAUAGCAUUCCGCUAAAGCGUAAAAAGCGUCACAAAACGAAUAAAGAGCACCAUCAUCACCAUCGUCACCGUAGUCGCCAUCGGCAGCAUCAACGCUACAAUGCUGCUGAUGAAUUAUCGCAUAGUAUGAAUGUUGAAGUUUCUACCACGCCCCCGGCGGGUGUACCAGCCGCACAGUCCAGUCCACAAGCUGCUGUACUGCCCCCACUAGCCACUGAUGCUAACGGUUGUGCGGUGCACACGCCACAAAAAAAGCGACUACGUUUAAUAUUUGGCAACGAGACGCACACAAUCGACAUUCCAGCGAUUAGUUCAAAUGCUAGCCUAAAUAGCACUCCGUUCAAUACCAGCGGUAGCAGCGCCGAGUGUGAAAAUGAAACGGGCGACAUGAGCGAGUCUACAAUUGCUUCGAAUGUCACCAACACAACACAUUCGGCGGUUGCUGUCACACCCACGACCAGCACUAACGUCAGUGCUGACACCAGCAUUAGUACACGCGCAAAUGCAUCGUUGAUGGCCAACGCUUCAACGCAUUCAAUAUCAUCCAAUGCACCUACCGAGCCAGCCAUUUCGCCGCAAUCGCAUUCGAAUUCUAAUUCGAGCUUGUGUUCUUCGAAUUCCAUCUUCGCGUCGGCCUGCUCGACAGCAUCUGCGCCCACAUCGUUGCCACAGAGUGACAAACACGACCAGCGUGAGCAAAUUGUUGCUUCCUCAGCAAUAAAUUUUGCACACACCACGGUAGCGACGUCUGUAACUAUUCCGCCGUCGACAAUCGCGCCGGUAGUAGCAACAAAUACUGUUGUGGUGGCACCGCCAAUGUUGCAACACAAACCCUUUACAUUGCUGCAGCAGCACUUGCAGACUUCCGCAGUUACACCCACCGUUACAACCCCACACAAUAACUUUAGCACUUACAUGCAACAUCCGCUUGGUGGAACGGGCAGCAUCACUGGCUUGCCAAAGACUGCAACAGCAACUGGUCCUAGCGGCAACAACAACUGCAUUGCCAGCAACUUGAAUGGCGCAGCAGCUGCGCUGGCGCCAACCUUGUUUUUAUCGCAGGCGAGCGUGCCAAAACAUACCUUCGGCUCUUGUGCCUUACUGCCGCCCCCCACUUUCGCACGCAAUUUAACAACCAGUGGUCACACGUUGUCCAUGGGUUCUACAGCGAUCACUGCCACUGCUGCGAGCGCGUCACACAAAGCAGUUGCCAGUGCGUCGUUGCGUGCUCUCAAUGCGUAUACAACCACAUCAACAACAACGAUGACAAUUGGUACAACAACAGCAGUGUCUAGCGUAAACGCGCUAGGCAGUGUACUCAGUGGUGGUGGUGGUGGUGGUGGUAAUGGUGUUGCCACCACCUUAAUGGUCAAGAAAACGACUGAUCUCCUCAUGAAUUGACCUUCAUUGUUGGCAAUUGUUGUACAUUGUGUUUCGCAAAGGGCAGUAGUGCUGUCGCUGCGUUUGUGGCUGUGUUCUUGGCUGGAUAGUGUUGCUGCGGGCGCCAGGCGCGUUCCGUUUUCAGCAUUUUGUUGCAUUCUAUUAAAGCGUGUUUAGUAGUUAAUUUUCUAUGUGUGUGUGUGCGUGUGUUGUGUUGUGAGUUUGGUAGCGCUGGUUGAGCGACAAUUGAAAUUCAACAUUUUUUUUUAACGAAUAGUACGAAAUGUUUUGCGGCUUGGUUCAAAGUAAAGUAAUAGUUUAUUUUAGAUUAUUACAGGUUAAGUAAAAUGAAUUAAAUUAAUGAAUAAUUAUGGACAAUUAAAUGAUUAAUUUCUUAAGUAAAUAUUAUAUUUCAUAACAAAAAAGUUCAUUAUCAGGGAAAAAUUUCGUAAACUAUAACUGUGGGUUUCUAAUCUCUCAAUUAAAAUUGAAAGUGGUUAAAAUAAAUAUUACUUGUAGAAAAUUUGAAAAGCAGUUUUAAAAGCUAAGCUUCCCAAAAAGAUCAUAACAAAAACGGGCUUUCGUUUCCUCGAUAAAGCCGCUUGUGCACCACCGAAUGUCUGGAUUUAUUAUUUAUUUGCACAUGUUGUUUUUUCACAGUGAAAGCAAUCAAAUAUAAUGAUUUUUAUCAUCAAUUACACAAAAUUUCGACAAAAAGUAAUUUCACAAUUUUAAUUUAAUUUCUAACAUACACUAUAUUUAAACGGAAUGGUUUGUGAAAUUUAUGUGUUGAAAUUAUGUAUUUUCAAAUUUAUCUUCCUGUUCUAGUUAAUUCAAUAAUAUGCUAAAAUCAUGCUUUUAUAUUAUGCAUAAUAAACAUUUUUGGUGUGUGCUUAAAUCGAAAAUAUUUAAAUGUUUCGAACUCUUUUAGAAAAUUCAUAGGAAAAUAGUUUUUUUUUUUUUGUAAUGUCCAGCUUUAUUUAAUUUUUUUUGUUUGGAAAUUUAUCAUAACUCUUACUUUCCUCAUUGAAAUGGUGUAUUGUAUGGAUAUGAAUGAUGUUGAUCAGUUUUUCUUUUUUUUUUCUCUCUUCUUUUCUCUACUUUUUAUAUUGCAGAUGAAAAACUUAUAAAUAAUAAAAGAAAUGAAUUGACUUUAA